UUUUGGAAGCAGGCAAGGGAAGAAGAUGUGAUCUGUCUCUCUUCUGCAGAAAAAGAGGCUCUUCUUCCCCUUCCCGCUAAGGCAAAUUUUCUGAAGAAGACUCUGCUUGGGAAUGGCUUGCCUUACAAUGACAGAAAUGGAAGGAACAUCUGCAUCCCCUAUACAUCAGAAUGGUGAUAUUCCUGGAAAUGCUAAUUCUGUGAAGCAAAUAGAUCCCGAACUACAGGUGUAUCUUUAUCAUUCCCUUGGGAAAGCUGAGGGAGAGUAUCUACAGUUUCCACCUGGGGAGUACGUUGCAGAAGAAAUUUGUGUUGCUGCUUCUAAAGCUUGUGGAAUCACACCUGUGUAUCAUAGUAUGUUUGCUUUAAUGAGUGAAACAGAAAGGAUCUGGUAUCCACCCAACCAUGUCUUCCAUAUAGAUGAAUCAACCAAGCACAGUGUACUCUACAGAAUCAGAUUUUACUUUCCCUACUGGUAUUGUAAUGGCAGCAACAGAACCUAUCGGCAUGGAAUAUCUCGAGGUGCUGAAGCUCCUCUUCUUGACGACUUUGUCAUGUCUUACCUUUUUGCUCAGUGGCGGCAUGAUUUUUUGCAUGGAUGGAUAAAAGUACCUGUGACUCAUGAAACACAGGAAGAAUGUCUUGGGAUGGCGGUGUUAGAUAUGAUGAGAAUAGCUAAAGAAAAGGAUCAGACUCCACUGGACAUCUAUAGCUCUGUCAGCUACAAGACAUUCUUACCAAAAUGUGUCCGAGCAAAGAUCCAGGACUAUCAUAUUUUGACAAGGAAGCGAAUAAGGUACAGAUUUCGCCGAUUUAUUGAGCAGUUCAGCCAUUGCAAAGCCACUGCCAGAAACUUGAAACUUAAGUAUCUUAUAAAUCUGGAAACUCUUCAGUCUGCCUUCUACACAGAGCAAUUUGAAGUAAAAGAACCUGGAAGAGGUCCUUCAGGUGAGGAGAUUUUUGCAACCAUUGUAAUAACUGGAAACGGUGGAAUUCAGUGGUCAAGAGGGAAACAUAAAGAAAGUGAGACACUGACAGAACAGGGUUUACAGUUAUAUUGUGAUUUUCCUGAUAUUAUUGAUGUCAGUAUUAAACAAGCAAACCAAGAAGGCUCAAAUGAAAGCAGAAUUGUAACUAUUCAUAAGCAAGAUGGUAAAAGUCUGGAAAUUGAACUUAGCUCAUUAAGAGAAGCUUUGUCUUUUGUGUCUUUAAUUGACGGAUAUUAUAGAUUAACUGCAGAUGCACAUCAUUAUCUUUGUAAAGAAGUAGCUCCUCCAAUGGUACUUGAAAAUAUUCAAAGCAACUGUCAUGGCCCAAUUUCAAUGGAUUUUGCUAUCAGUAAACUGAAGAAAGCAGGUAAUCAGACUGGACUCUAUGUACUUCGAUGCAGUCCUAAGGAUUUUAAUAAAUAUUUUCUGACUUUUGCUGUUGAGCGAGAAAAUGUCAUUGAAUAUAAGCACUGUUUGAUUACAAAAAAUGAGAAUGGAGAAUACAACCUCAGUGGUACUAAGAAGAACUUCAAUAAUCUUAAAGAUCUUUUGAAUUGCUACCAGAUGGAAACUGUUCGCUCAGACAGUAUCAUCUUCCAGUUUACUAAAUGCUGUCCCCCAAAGCCAAAAGAUAAAUCAAACCUUCUAGUCUUCAGAACCAAUGGUAUUUCUGAUAUACCAACGUCACCAACAUUACAGAGACAUAAUAAUGUGAACCAAAUGGUGUUCCACAAAAUCAGAAAUGAAGAUUUGAUGUUUAAUGAAAGCCUUGGCCAAGGUACUUUUACAAAAAUUUUUAAAGGCGUAAGAAGGGAAGUAGGAGACUACGGUCAACUGCAUGAAACAGAAGUUCUUUUAAAAGUUCUGGAUAAAACACAUAGAAACUAUUCAGAGUCUUUCUUUGAAGCAGCAAGCAUGAUGAGCCAGCUUUCUCACAAACAUCUGGUUUUAAAUUAUGGAGUGUGUGUCUGUGGAGAGGAGAAUAUUCUGGUUCAGGAGUUUGUAAAAUUUGGAUCACUAGAUACAUAUCUGAAAAAGAAUAAAAAUUCUAUAAAUAUAUUAUGGAAGCUUGAAGUGGCUAAACAGUUGGCAUGGGCCAUGCAUUUUCUAGAAGAAAAAACCCUUAUUCAUGGAAAUGUGUGUGCCAAAAAUAUUCUUCUUAUCAGAGAAGAAGACAGGAAGACAGGAAAUCCUCCUUUCAUCAAACUUAGUGAUCCUGGCAUUAGUAUUACAGUUUUGCCAAAGGACAUUCUGCAGGAGAGAAUACCAUGGGUACCACCUGAAUGCAUUGAAAAUCCUAAAAAUCUAAACUUAGCAACAGACAAAUGGAGUUUUGGUACCACUUUGUGGGAAAUCUGCAGUGGAGGAGAUAAGCCUCUGAGUGCUUUGGAUUCUCAAAGAAAGCUACAAUUUUAUGAAGAUAGGCACCAACUUCCUGCACCAAAGUGGACAGAAUUAGCAAAUCUUAUUAAUAAUUGUAUGGAUUAUGAACCAGAUUUUAGACCUUCUUUCAGAGCCAUCAUUCGAGAUCUUAACAGUUUGUUUACUCCAGAUUAUGAACUAUUAACAGAAAAUGACAUGUUACCAAAUAUGAGGAUAGGUGCCCUAGGGUUUUCUGGUGCUUUUGAAGACCGAGACCCUACACAGUUUGAAGAGAGACACUUGAAAUUUCUACAGCAACUUGGCAAGGGUAAUUUUGGGAGUGUGGAGAUGUGCCGGUAUGACCCUCUACAAGACAAUACUGGGGAGGUGGUAGCUGUUAAAAAGCUCCAGCACAGUACUGAAGAGCACCUGAGAGACUUUGAAAGGGAAAUUGAAAUCCUUAAAUCCUUGCAGCAUGACAACAUUGUAAAGUACAAGGGAGUGUGCUACAGUGCUGGCCGGCGUAAUCUAAGAUUAAUUAUGGAAUAUUUACCAUAUGGAAGUUUACGAGACUAUCUCCAAAAACAUAAAGAACGGAUAGAUCAUAAAAAACUUCUGCAGUAUACAUCUCAGAUAUGCAAGGGCAUGGAGUAUCUUGGUACAAAAAGGUAUAUCCACAGGGAUCUGGCAACAAGGAAUAUAUUGGUGGAGAAUGAAAACAGAGUUAAAAUAGGAGAUUUUGGUUUAACCAAAGUCUUGCCACAAGACAAAGAAUACUACAAGGUGAAAGAACCUGGUGAAAGUCCUAUAUUCUGGUAUGCACCAGAAUCACUGACAGAGAGCAAGUUUUCUGUGGCUUCAGAUGUUUGGAGCUUUGGAGUGGUUCUGUAUGAACUUUUCACAUAUAUUGAGAAAAGUAAAAGCCCACCAGCGGAAUUUAUGCGUAUGAUUGGCAAUGACAAACAAGGACAGAUGAUUGUGUUUCAUUUGAUAGAACUUCUGAAGAAUAAUGGAAGAUUACCAAGACCAGAUGGAUGCCCAGACGAGAUUUACGUAAUCAUGACAGAAUGCUGGAACAAUAAUGUAAAUCAGCGCCCCUCUUUCAGAGAUCUAGCUUUUCGAGUUGAUCAAAUAAGGGACAACAUGGCUGGAUGAAAGAAAUGAACUUCACUCUGAGACCAAAAUAGACUUACAAAGUUUCGUAUUUCACACUGCUGUGGUCUAUUAUUACAUAUAUCAUUAUUAUAUAUAUCAUAAUGCCAGCCAGCAAAGGUAUGGAAACAUCUGCUCAAAACUUUCAAAGUUGAGUGAGUUUUUCUUCAUGAGAAUACCAGCCAAAGACAUUGAUGAGAAGUUGUUAGCAAAGAAUUUUGUAAAAAAAAAAAAAAACAAGAAGUUUUGUGAAUGUAAUCAGUUAACAUCACCUUUCUUUGGCAAAGGACAAAUAGACUAUUUUCAACUCAGAAUGAUGAGAGAUGGAAAAAUUGUAAUGUAAAUAUUUCAGAUGCACAGAGUAUGUAUGUACAGUUUUUACCACAGUGAAUGUGUAACAUCUUGGCAUCUUGUGUCAUGUUUUACACAAGGGCUGGUGUUCAUAGUAAUGUUUUCUAAUUUUUCCAUAGUCGAUCUAUAAUAACUUCCCUAUAUACAAAUUUAAGAUGCUCAGAUAAUUAAGCACCUUUGUGUCCUUGUUCAUCUGUAUCACAGGCCAGCAAUAUAAGCAGGUAUAUACUUCUAGCAUGUUGUUUUAUGUACUGUAAAUAUUUUUCAAAGCAAAGGGAACAAAUGUUUAAUUUUAUUUCUAUAGAUUAUUUCCCUGACCCUAAAGAAUACAUUUUGAAAUGGAACAAGUUUACAAAGAUAUAACCCAAUCUAUUUUCUUAUUUGUCUCCCUUGUAGCUGUUUGUGAUGAGUAUGUUUUUUAAAUAGAACUAUAUCCAAAUUUUUCUAAGA